AUGGAUAGUACGAGAUGUCUUACACAAUUGCUGAAAUUUUCAGCGCUUAAAUCCCGUCAGUUACCGGGCUAUGGCUCUAUGAAACUUCCUGGCAAGUUUGACAACAUUGUAAUAGCCAUGUCGUCCGGGGUGGACUCGUCAGUGGCAGCUGCAAUGUUUGCUGGAUUUCCGAAAGCGCAGGGAGUUUAUAUGCAAAACUGGUCCGCAAGUGAGGCCAAUGUGGGCUUGGGUAAAGAGCGCUGUCACGAACGAGAUUGGAAGGACGUUGAAAAGGUAGCAAGUCAUUUAGGUUUGCCCGUGGAUCGUGUCAAUUUCGAGCAGGAUUAUUGGCAGGAUGUUUUUGAACCCAUGUUGCAAGGCUACCAGCUUGGAAUCACUCCAAAUCCUGACAUCGGGUGCAACAAAUUUAUCAAAUUUGGCCGGCUUAGAACAUAUCUUGACUCCAAACUGGGCAACGACAAUUACUGGCUUGUCACCGGUCACUACGCUCAAGUUCUGCCUCAUAUUUCAACAGGAGAAUCGCACCUGCUGCGAGCUUUCUACAAGCCGAAAGAUCAGAGCUACUACCUAUCGCAGAUCCCACGAUCUGUGCUGCCACAGCUCUGUUUACCCAUGGGAGCACUGACCAAGCCAGAGGUACGGAAAAUGGCCAGCGAGAUUGAGCUCCCAACUGCGACCAAACGGGACUCUCAGGGGAUCUGUUUUGUAGCAAACUCGCAGCACAACAAGUUUAAAAAGUUUCUACAACAGUACUUGCCGAAGCAGCCUGGGAAUAUCGUCACAGUGGGCGAAGAGGAUGGCUCUACAACCGUGUGGGGACAACAUACAGGACUCUGGAAUUACACGAUUGGUCAGAAAAUUGGUAUUUCCAUGCCACAAGGCGACCCACGCUACUCCGGCGCUUGGUUUGUAGCGCAGAAGUUGCAGAGCUUCAAUGAGAUCGUCAUUUGUCGUGGACGUGAUAAUCCAAAGCUUUUUGCCAACCGAUUGGUAGUUUCUGGGUUUGAGCCUCUUGGAGACAGUGUCGAGAUGGGGAAUAUUCUAGAGGACAACGUGAGUCGCCGAGAAAUAUUCAUUCAAUAUCGAUCGCUUCAGGAGCCGAUUGUGGUGUCAGAUGUAUCGAUGCAGAUAAGUGGAAGUUUAUGCCUGACUCUGAGCGAGGCACAAAGGGCAAUGGCUCCAGGCCAAUAUUGCACCAUUUAUCAUAAGGAAAGAAUAUUGGGAAGCGGAAUAAUCAAAAGUACUGCACAAGAUGGGGAGCAAGUUCAGUGA